AUGCCUGAAACAAAGUCAUUUUCUUUUUCUCUCGCCAUACCUGAUCGAGGAAUAUUCCAGCAGAUGCACAAAUACCACGGCGUCGCUGAACUCAUGGACGCUAACUGGAAUGCAACAAUGAGCCGCUUACCAGACUGGCUUCCCACAAACUAUGUCUCUUAUUAUCGACAGAUUGUCAGCCUACGACUAGCUGUUACUAUGACAGCAGUUUAUAUCUCUCUGGCUCUCUGGGGAAAUAACGUGAACCGAGCACGAGGGUACCGCCGCUGGUCUUGGAGCGCAGCUCGGCUCUCCCGACUCUUAAUUCAUCUCCACAAUGGUUUUCAGACGGGGUUUUCGUUUUCUGUGUGCUUUAAAGCUGCGCAACUCAUUAUACGAGGGCUUCCAGAAGCUAGAGAUGAGGGCUUCUGUGUUCAAAUGAUGGACUACCUUUGCCGAAUCCAAACGCCCCUCUGGGCGACCGGCAAAAACCAGCGUGGUCUAUGGUCUGAUUUUGAAGGACUGGCGGGAGUAUUUUUCUUGUCUAAAUACUACGAUCUCCUCGACUCGAUGAUUAUAUUCGCUACCGGUCGAUAUAUCUCCGGCUUACACAUAUUUCAUCACGCUGGGGUGAUUAUCUGGUCGUGCCUUCUGUGGCGUCUGGCUUCCCCACACGCAAUAAUUGGAGUUCUUUUGAACUCAGGCUAUUCGUUCUUCUUACUACGUGGUCUCCAUAUUAGCGUCCCAUUGGCGGCUAAAAGGUGGCUAACGACUGUGCAAAUUGGACAAUUCUUCAUCGGUUGGCUUUUGGCCUGCUGCUACUUUUUUCGUACAAUAUGA